UCACCCUCCUUUCCACCCCCAGGUGUAAGAGGGAGGAUUCCAGGAACCCAAGGCUUUGUUUUUCUGCCCCAUGUCAAUGAAAGGUAGGAGGGAGUUAGAGGUUGGGGGCGGGGCCAAUGAACAGAAUACCUGGGUCCCCAGUUCCUACCUGUCCGUCCCUUGGCCUGUUGCUCUCCCUUGCUCCACCAGCCUUACCACCAUCCAUGCUGCCCCAAGAGCCUUGACCACGCUAGAGCAGAUUCCAGGCAGGAGAAGCCAAAAGGAACUCCUCUCACCCCCUACUUUUGGCCAGGCCUUCUGAACCACCUGCCAAGGUCAGCAGGACUACCCUCUGAAGAAGUCCAAGCGUCUCAGGCACUUCUACCAAGCCGCCUUUGUGGCCAUCCUUAGGAAAAACAGACAGAUGGCCAAGGAGAGGGGCCUCAUAAGCCCCAGUGAUUUUGCCCAGCUGCAAAAAUACCUGGAAUACUCCACCAAAAAGGUCAGUGUUGUUCUCAAGCUCUUCGAGGAUGGUGAGAUGGCCCAGUAUCUCCAAGGAGAUGCCAUUGGGUAUGAGGGAUUCCAGCAAUUCCUGAAAAUCUAUCUGGAAGUGGAUGAUGUUCCCAGACGCUUAAGCCUGGCACUGUUUCAAUCUUUCCAGACUGAUCAUGGCUUAAACGAGACUGUGACAAAAGAUGUGGUGUGUCUCAGUGACGUCUCCUGCUACUUUUCCCUUCUGGAAGGUGGCCGGCCAGAAGACAAGCUAGAAUUCACCUUCAAGCUGUACGACACGGACAGAAAUGGGAUUCUGGACAGCUCAGAAGUGGAGAAAAUCAUCCUACAGAUGAUGCGAGUGGCUGAAUAUCUCGACUGGGAUGUGUCUGAGCUGAGGCCGAUUUUUCAGGAGAUGAUGAAGGAGAUUGACUAUGAUGGCAGUGGCUCUGUCUCCCUAGCUGAGUGGCUCCGGGCCGGGGCCACCACCGUGCCACUGCUGGUGCUGCUGGGUCUAGAGAUGACUCUGAAGGACGAUGGGCAGCAUAUGUGGAGACCCAAGAGGUUCCCCCGACCAGUCUACUGCAACCUGUGCGAGUUGAGCAUUGGUCUUGGCAAACAGGGGCUGAGCUGUAAUCUCUGUAAGUACACUGUUCACGACCAGUGUGCCAUGAAGGCCCAGGCUUGUGAAGUCAGCACCUAUGCCAAGUCUCGGAAGGACAUUGGUGUCCAAUCGCAUGUGUGGGUGCGAGGAGGCUGCGCGUCAGGGCGCUGCGACCGCUGUCAGAAAAAGAUCCGGAUCUACCACAGUCUCACCGGGCUGCAUUGCGUAUGGUGCCACCUGGAGAUCCACGAUGACUGCCUGCAGGCCGUGGGCAAUGAGUGUGACUGUGGGCUUCUCCGGGAUCACAUCCUGCCUCCGUCUUCCAUCUAUCCCAGUGUCCUGGCCUCUGGACAGGAUCGUAAAAGUAGCAAAACAAGCCAGAAGAUGAUGGAUGAUUUAAAUUUGAGCACCUCUGAGGCUCUGCGGAUUGACCCUGUUGCUAACACCCACCCACUUCUAGUCUUUGUCAAUCCUAAGAGUGGCGGGAAGCAGGGGCAGAGGGUGCUCUGGAAAUUCCAGUAUAUCCUAAACCCUCGACAGGUGUUCAACCUCCUCAAGGAUGGUCCUGAGACAGGGUUCAAAUUCUUCAAGGAUGUUCCCAAUAGCCGGAUUUUGGUGUGUGGUGGAGAUGGUACAGUAGGCUGGAUUCUAGAGACCAUUGACAAAGCCAACUUGCCAGUUGUGCCUCCUGUUGCUGUGCUGCCCCUGGGCACUGGAAACGAUCUGGCUCGUUGCCUAAGAUGGGGAGGAGGGUACGAGGGACAGAAUUUGGGGAAGAUCCUAAGGGAUUUGGAGGCGAGCAAAGUGGUGCAUAUGGAUCGAUGGUCUGUGGAGGUGAUACCCCAACAAACUGAAGAGAAGAGCGACCCAGUCCCCUUUCAGAUCAUCAACAACUACUUCUCCAUUGGUGUGGAUGCCUCCAUUGCUCACCGGUUUCACAUCAUGCGAGAGAAAUAUCCUGAGAAGUUCAACAGCAGAAUGAAGAACAAGCUAUGGUACUUCGAGUUUGCCACAUCUGAAUCCAUCUUCUCAACGUGCAAAAAACUGGAGGAGUCUUUGACAGUCGAGAUCUGUGGGAAACCCCUGGAUCUGAGCAACCUGUCCCUAGAAGGCAUCGCAGUGCUGAACAUCCCUAGUACGCACGGUGGCUCCAACCUCUGGGGCGAGACCAAGAGACCCCCUGGAGAUAUCUAUGGGAUCAACCAGGCCUUAGGCGCUACAGCUAAAGUCAUCACUGACCCUGAUAUCCUGAAAACUUGUGUGCCAGACCUGAGUGACAAGCGAUUGGAAGUAGUCGGACUGGAGGGUGCCAUUGAGAUGGGCCAGAUCUAUACCAAGCUCAAGAGUGCUGGACAUCGGCUGGCCAAGUGCUCUGAGAUCACCUUCCACACCACAAAAACGCUCCCCAUGCAAAUUGACGGAGAGCCCUGGAUGCAGACGCCCUGUACGAUCAAGAUCACCCACAAGAACCAGAUGCCCAUGCUUGUGGGGCCACCCCCCCGCUCCUCCAAUUUCUUUGGCUUCUUGGGCUGAGGGUGACACCCUCAGCUCCCAAGGUAGCCGUGAACCCACGUUCCUGACCCUGGACUCCGCUCCCUGGGCUCUGUACAUUUUGCUGCCAUACACUCCCACCAGCUCAGGGGAGAGUAUUCCUUCCCCCUCACAGUAUUUAUUUUCCUGCACCACCUUACUGUUCCCCAUGCGUGCGUACGCGCGCACACACCCCCCACAGACACAUACACUGCAAGUGCCUCGUCUGAAUAAAAUGACUUUUUUCCCCAUGGGAU